AUGUCAAAACUUAAUCAAACCCUAUUGAUCCUCAUGCAAAUUUUCAAAACAUGCAAUGAGUUCAGAAGUGCCAUGGAGGAGAGCAGAAUACAGAGAUCAACGAAGGCCGUGGAGAGUGGCAUGGAUGUGUUGACGUUGACGGAGGCACUCGGAUAUGAUACGGAAGGUGGUUGUUUCUUCCGAGUGGACUUUGGAGGAGAAUAA